ACAAAACCAAUCACCGUGGUCGCUACCAAGUCCUACUGCGAAACCCACGUAGAGUUGCCCAAUAAUUGGAUUACACUACUGCUCCUCGAUAGAACGACUGUCGUUUUAUCAAUGUGAAUUGAAUUCAUCAACCAUGUCUUACAACGUAGAAGAAAUGAGUUGGUCAGAUGCCAGGAACUUGCUGCGAAAGUGGCGCGAUGAUAAUGAAAGAAAGAGCGACGAUGUAAUGCAACUGUGGGAUAAUGUUCUGUCCAGCAAGCAGAGUAAACUGGGCAAUGAACGUCACCUGGUGCUAGAGCAGGUGAUAAUCGCUGCCCUGGACUGUAACCGCAUCGAGACUGCGGAACACUGCGUUAGUAUCCUAUCUGCCGAGUUUCCCGGCAGUCUUCGCAUACAAAAAUACCGGUCGAUGCUGUUGGAAGCAUUGGAGCGAUACGAUGAUGCGCUGGACGAGCUCGAGCAAAUCAUACGGAAGGAUGAGACGAACGCAGCGCCGCGUAAGCGCAAAGUGGCUAUCCUGAAAACGCAAGGCCGCACCGCAGAAGCUAUCAAAGAGCUGUGCGACUACAUGAAAAUCUUCAUGUCGGACCAGGAGGGCUGGCACGAGUUGUGCAAUCUGUAUCUAGCAGAGGGCGAGUAUGCGAAGGCAGCAUUCUGCAUGGAGGAGUUGCUGCUGCACAAUCCGCAUAGUCACCUGAUUCAUCAGCGAUUGGCUGACAUACGGUACACGAUGGGUGGUCUCGACAACAUCGAGAUGGCUAAAACCCACUACUGCAAAGCGGUAAAGUUGAACGUUAACAACCUACGGGCUCUGUAUGGCUUGUUUUUGUGCUGCGGACACAUUUCCAACUCCAAGCUUGUAAUAGGUAAACGGAAGGAGGCGCAGAAGCUGGCCCAAUGGGCAAUGGCGCAGAUUCAAGCGCGAACGCAGCCAACGGCUAAGGAUACCAAAGGUGCAAUAAAAACUGGCAAAAGCAAAGCCGCAGGAUGUGAGGACGAGCUGCAAGCGCUCGAGCAAGCAUUUGGAGGAUUGGACGUUGGGAAAGUGGCCAAUUGACCAUCUUUUUUACGUCAAUUAGUCUUUUAAAUGCACUUUUACAGAAAAAUUAUCGCUGUACGUUUUUCCCAAUUAUUUCAUACUCUUUGGUCGGUUUCUAUCGUUAACUGUUUUUUUUAUUGCGAGUUCAUGCUGUGGCAAGGAGGCACUUUCUCCCUUGCCCUUGUAACGAUUAGUUUCAGUGCAGUUAGACGGCAUAGGAAUUAGCAGAUACUUUUCCAAAGUGUUUAUUUAAUUAACAUUCAAACAUUAAUGAUCAUGUGCAGUAGACCCUUCUUCGCAGUGCAACAAUGUAGACUCAUUGUUUUGUUGAUUUCUGGUGGUGGUAAUAACACAGAAAAGGAAACUGUACGAAGCGCUGCUGAAUAAAUGAUGUUUCAUUGGUAA